UACAGGUUCUGUCUAACUCCUUCAUUUCAAAGCUGGGAAAGUUGAGGCUUAGAAAUGGGGAAGAAUUUGUCCAAAGUUACACAGCCAGUCAGCAGCAGAGAUCAUGACUCUACCAGGAUGGGGAUUGAUUUUCUUGUGCCUCAUGGCUAUGGCAAAUGGACUUCGGAAGGGUAACGAUCUGCUAAAUGUGUGCAUGGAUGCUAAGCACCACAAGUUCCAGCCUGGUCCAGAAGAUGACCUUCACCAGCAGUGUAGCCCAUGGAAAAAUAAAGCCUGUUGCACAGCAAACACAAGCUUUGCCAUCCAUGAAGAUGCCUCCUACCUGUACCGCUUCAACUUUAAUCACUGCGGUCUGAUGACUCCAGCCUGCAAACGCCACUUUAUCCAGGAUUUAUGUCUCUAUGAGUGUUCCCCCAACUUAGGACCCUGGAUUCAGCCGGUGUCCUCAAGCUGGCGGAAAGAACGGAUUCUGAAUGUUCCCCUGUGCAAGGAAGACUGUGAUCAGUGGUGGGAAGACUGCCGAUCUUCAUAUACCUGCAAAGAGAACUGGCAUAAAGGCUGGAACUGGACUUCAGGGAUUAACAAGUGCCCAAUUCAAGCUGCCUGCCACCCUUUCACAUUUUACUUCCCAACACCAGCCUCCUUAUGUGAAAACAUUUGGAGUCGCUCUUACAGUGCAAGCUCUUUUGGCAGGGGCAGUGGCAAAUGUAUUCAGAUGUGGUUUGACCCAGCCCAGGGAAACCCUAAUGAAGCUGUGGCUAAAUACUAUGCUUAUGGUUCCGCCCCAGGCAUCUUCAGUUGGAGGGCCAGUCUCCCCUUCUUGAGUCUGACACUGCUGGUGCUUCUCUGGGUUUAACCCUCAUCAGGCACGAAAAUCGAACCAAUCUACAUCCAAAACCAUAAACAAGAUUUAUUCCCAGUUUGGGACCCCUGGAUUCCAACUUCCUGACUGACACAGCUUGGCUCUCCUUGACACCCAUUCUGUUUUCUUCCCUCUCAAACUUGAUCAAUCUGCUUGCAAACCUAUAACCCCAUCACGUAUCUCACCCCUCUACUAAGGGAGACUGGGAGGGAGUGGCUGCUUUCUCCAACUCCAGUCCAAAAAGCAAAUCUACCCCUCCCCCACUCCAUUCUUUAGGGGAAAUUAGAUAUGACUUCUACCUUCUCUAAAGUUCCCCUUACUCCUUUCAAGUAGAGAUCAAUUCAUUGAUUAUAUUUGUAUCCCCAGUACCUGGUUAUAUAAAGUAGGUGCUUAAUAAAUGUUGAUUGAUCAAAAAAAAAAAA